AUGAUCGGUUAUAUUAUUCUCCUUGUUGUCAAUGAUUUAGGCGCAAAAUAUUUCGCCGUCUUCCUGGCAGCUGGUGGUAUUCCACCAUGUGUCGCAACUUGUAUAACGUUUAUCUCGUGUAAUAUUAGUCCUCAAACCAAACGAGCAACCUCGUUAGCAUUUAUGAUAUCGGUGGGCAAUUGUGGUGGUAUCAUAAGUGGUCAAAUUUAUCGAACACAAGAUGCACCGCGGUUUAUUCUCGGUCAUGCCAUAAAUCUCGGAUUUUGUGUGCUUUCAAUUAUUUGCACAUGUAUUCUCAUGAUAGGUUUACGAUUAGAGAAUCGACGACGGGAUAGAGUGUAUGGCGUAGUUCAGAAUAAUCUGAUAACAAAUGCAAAUACAACUGUGGAUGUAUUUGGUUUUGGUAGUGUAGAAGAUAGGCAACGUUGGGGUUAUGAGGAUAUGUCGGAAAAAGAAAUUCGUGAUCUGGGUGAUAAACAUGCAGCAUGGCGUUAUAUUAUAUAG